AUGCUCAUCAAGAUCGACGACAUUAAAUCCACUCCAGCCGUGCUUGCCUUGAUUUCUUUGCAUGUGGCCGAAAUAAACCGCAUGGUCGAUUCCUGUGAUGUUCUUGAUGUUUCGAGCCUGCAGGCAUCAAAUGUCACUCUUUACUCUGCCUGGGAAGGCCAUGAGCUGAUGGGAAUUGGAGCACUCAAGGAAUUGUCACCAACACAUGGCGAGGUGAAAUCAAUGAGGACAGUGGCAACACAUUUUCGCAAAGGAGUUGGACGGGCUAUCGUCGAGCAUCUCAUCAAGGUGGCGAAGGAAAGAGGAUAUGCCAGAUUGAGUUUAGAGACCGGGGAAGGCGCUUCGUUUGAAAACGCAAGAGGUUUUUAUACUAACAUGGGCUUUAAGCUUUGUGAUCCUUAUGGACCUCUACCCCCAUGCCCAGAUAGUUCUUUCAUGACUCUGAAGCUAGAAACCUGA